CUUGUGUCCACGCGGGUUCUUUUUGUCGCUGCGUGCUGCAUUCUCAACAUUGAAACAAGAAUCUGUAGGCGACAAAGAGAAAUCUUUAGACUCUUGUCUUUCUGGUAGUCGAGGAAGUGUCAGCCAGGUCAGUCCAACUUCUGUAUAAUUCGUACAUUAUUUAUUGUCUACUUUUUCGCGACCGACGCCGACCGAUUUCGACCUAUCGAAGUCUAUGAUCUAUGAUCACUGUAUACUAGUAGGUACGACGACCUCGUCGUGCCUGCCUUAUGGAAAAGGAAUCCUUGUAGUACAUCGCAGCAAGGGCAAGGCGGAAUCAGGUUGUUACGAUGUUUCUGCACAAGCACCAGGCGGGCGUGGAUACGAGUUGUAGUACUACCGAAGGAAAUUAUCUGAAACUAUGUAAUCUCCGCAUCACACACGGAACGGCAAAAAGGACAGGGGUCAUGUUGACCAGAAAACCAAAACAACUUCUUCCAAGGUCGCAAAUUAUGAACCGUCAACACCUUUCGUAUGCUAGCCGCGCACGAUUAACUGCAUCUAUUCCACCGGUUUUACAAAAAUUACAUCCGGUCCUCCUGCUCUCGUCCGUUCAAAAACGAAAACCGCGCUACCGAGGCCUGCUGGAGGAGUUUCUUUAA